CAUCACACCAACCUAGGAAUAAUUCUAGAAGGACCACUUUUUGAGAAGAAGAAGAAGAGCUCUAAAAUCGAUUAACAAUGGCUGAGGAUUCAUCAUCAUCCCAGUCCUUCCUGAGGAGGCAUUGGGAAGGAUACAAGGAGUUUUGGGGCGAGAGAUUUUCCUUUUUGGACAACUAUUCAAGGUUCAUCAAGCGCGACAAGCCACUCCCUUCUUGGUCUGAUUCUGAUGUCGAGGAAUUCAUUGCUUCUGACCCACUUCACGGACCCACUCUGAGGACUGCUAGGGAAGCAGCAAAGAUUAGUGCUGUAGGAGGCAUUAUUGGAGCUGUUUCAACUGCAGGUGUUACUUGGAAGUAUUCCAGGAGUUUGCAUGGUACUGCACUGUCUCUUGGAGCUGGCGCUGUCUUUGGCUGGACAUUUGGACAGGAAGUUGCUAACCACUGGCUGCAGCUAUACAGGCUUGACACCAUGGCUGCCCAGGUUAAAUUCAUGGAAUGGUGGCAGAACAAGGUUGAAGGACAGUAAUUCUCGUAUCUUAUCCCCGGUUGAAGGACAGUUUGAAGUUUGGUUUUGGUGUUAAAUGUCAAUGAACUUCUUUCAGGAAUAAGAAUCAAUCAGAGUGUUCAAA